CUCCAGAGUCCGUGAACGUCAAAAAACAGACAAAAUGAAAGCCACCAACAUCGUAUCCGCUCUGCUGUUAGCAGGAGUCACGUCUGCACAGACUCCGACAGGAUUCACACCGGCCGUUACGGAGAAGCUCGAAGUCACGUUUGGCACCAAGAACGUGGCAACAGGCGGCCAGGCACUGACCAAGGCAGACACCGCUCGACAACCUACUAUCGGUAUUUCAGGACCUGCAAACGAAACGUAUAUCUGGAUGAUGAUUGACCUUGACGCAUCAACCAACUUCCUCAACCCCAGUGCCGGAAAGCCCGCCACCUACCUCCACACCGUGCUCCGUGAUUUCAAGGCCAGUGGCGCUCCAUCCGCCGCGGGCAUUACCACUCUGAAAACCACUGCAACUGGUCCGGUUUCCUGGUUUGGCCCUGCCCCAGGCGCCGAAAAUCCCCCCCAUCCGCACCGCUACACGAACUUGCUCUGGGUGCAGCCAGCCAACUGGCAAGUUCCCAGCGCGGCCAGCACCAUGCUGCAGAGCCAGAAGCUCGGAUUCGACGUGCCGAAAUUCAUCACUGCUGCAGGGCUCAGCAACCCCAUUGCCGCGAACUACUUCAACGUCACUGGCUGAGUGGACAGGGGAUGGCCGAGAAUACCGCUGGACAAUCAUGAGAUGUGUAUAUACGUAUAUUGUGCUCCUAUGAUAG